GUAAUUUUCGGUGCAGUUUAGCUGCUCUCUUUAAGAAACAUUAAAAGGCUCUCUUACAAAGUCUUACUAGCUUCACACUCUCUCACGCGCCGCCACCCCCUACCGGCGGCAACCAUCUAUUCAUCUCCCUUUCACUUCCCUCUCCUCUUCUAUCUAUCUAUCUAUCUAUCUAUCUAUCUAUCUAUCUAUCAUAUUUAAAAAAAAAAAAACAAAAACAAAAAAGCAAGACACUGUAACUGAACAGAAAUUCUUUGGGGUUUUGUGUUGAGUGGUGCUGUGUUUCUCUUUGGUUCUAUCUCUUGUUUGUCUAUGUUGUUUAGGGCUGGGUUUUCUGUUGAAGAAUAACAAGAGGAGAGGGAAGAGAAAAUUAAAAAAAAAAAAGAAAAACUAGGGUAUUAGUUUUCGUUGUUUUUGUUUUAGGAGAUGGCUCAGGUGCAAGCUCAGCCGGCUGUCCAGGGGCAGAACGUGAAUGGCGGGGCCAAUCAAUUCGUGACGACGUCGCUUUAUGUGGGCGAUCUGGAGGUGAACGUCACGGAUGCGCAGCUCUACGAUCUGUUUAUCCAGAUCGGUCAGGUGGUUUCAGUUCGGGUUUGUCGGGACUUGUCAACCCGGCGAUCACUUGGUUAUGGUUACGUUAAUUACAGCAAUCCACAGGAUGCUGCAAGGGCAUUGGAUAUGCUGAACUUCACUCUUGUGAAUGGAAAGCCCAUUAGGAUUAUGUACUCUCAUCGUGACCCAACUCUUCGCAAAAGUGGGGCAGGGAAUAUAUUUAUCAAGAAUCUGGAUAAGGCUAUUGAUCACAAGGCAUUACAUGAAACAUUUUCUGCAUUUGGGAGCAUCCUCUCUUGCAAGGUGGCAACAGAUUUGAAUGGUCAGUCAAAAGGCUAUGGCUUUGUACAAUUUGAAAAAGAGGAGUCUGCCCAAAAAGCUAUAGAGAAGCUGAAUGGUAUGCUAUUGAAUGAUAAGCAAGUUUAUGUGGGGCCAUUCCUCCGCAAACAGGAGAGAGAAACUGAAAUCAACAAGAAUAAAUUCAACAAUGUUUAUGUAAAGAAUCUCUCAGAAGCAACAACUGAAGAAGAUUUGCAGAAAACUUUUGGUGAAUUUGGCACAAUCACUAGUGUUGUGGUGAUGAGGGACGCAGAUGGCAAAUCAAAGUGCUUUGGUUUUGUCAAUUUUGAGAAUGCUGAUGAUGCUGCAAAUGCUGUCGAGACCCUAAAUGGAAAGAAAGUUGAUGAUAAGGAAUGGUAUGUUGGAAAAGCCCAGAGGAAAUCUGAAAGGGAACUUGAACUAAAAAAUCGAUUUGAGCAGAACAUGAAGGAAGUAGCAGAUAAAUUUCAGGGUGCAAACUUGUACAUCAAAAAUUUAGAUGAUAGCAUUGAUGAUGAUAAGCUUAAGCAGUUAUUCUCUCAAUUUGGUUCCAUCACAUCAUGCAAGGUAAUGCGAGACCCUAAUGGAAUUAGUAGAGGAUCAGGAUUUGUUGCAUACUCCACUCCUGAAGAGGCAUCUAGAGCUCUCCUGGAAAUGAAUGGAAAAAUGGUUGUUAGCAAGCCGCUGUAUGUUGCACUUGCCCAGCGUAAGGAAGAUAGAAGAGCCAGGCUGCAGGCUCAGUUUUCUCAAAUGAGGCCAGUUGCAAUGGCACCUUCUGUUGCUCCUCGCAUGCCAAUUUACCCUCCUGGUGGUCCUGGUCUUGGGCAACAGCUAUUCUACGGUCAAGCUCCACCUGCCAUGAUUCCUCCUCAGCCUGGAUUUGGUUAUCAGCAGCAACUUGUUCCUGGUAUGAGGCCUGGUGGAGCCCCAAUGCAGAACUUCUAUGUUCCAGUGGUUCCACCAGGGCAACAGGGUCAGCGACCUAGUAACAGACGGGCAGGAGCCAUUCAGCAAACCCAACAACAUGUUCCUGUAAUGCAGCCACAGAUGCUUCUUCCUAGGGGACGUGUUUACCGCUACCCACCUGGCCGUGGACUGCCUGAUGUUCCCAUGCCUAGUGUUGGGGGCAUGCUAUCUGUUCCAUAUGACAUGGGUGGUAUGCCUUUGCGCGAUGCAGCAAUUUCUCAGCCGGUUCCGAUUGGGGCUUUGGCUUCUGCCCUUGCAAAUGCUUCUCCAGAGCAGCAGAGGACAAUGCUGGGGGAGAAUCUUUACCCACUUGUGGAACAGCUGGAGCCCGACGCACCAGCUAAGGUUACGGGAAUGCUCUUGGAGAUGGACCAGACGGAGGUUCUGCACUUGCUUGAGUCACCUGAAGCUCUGAAAGCAAAGGUGGCCGAGGCGAUGGAGGUUUUAAGGAAUGUUCAGGGCAACACAGCUGAUCAUCUAGCCUCGCUGUCAUUGACUGAUUAACUUGGUUUCCUAAGCUGGUUUUGAAAAAACAUUUUAUGUAUUUUGGCUUGGAGAUAGUCAAGACCUACAAAAGCAAACGAUUUGAUAGACUAGGCACCACUACGUACCCGUAUGUUGGCCUUAUUGUUUUGAACUGAUUGGAGAGUUUCAGGAUCAGAUUUGAGGGUUGUGACUGUUGAUGGUUUAUGUUUGAUGUCUGAUUUUGCAUUUAA